UUCAGAUGCUUAACGGACCCCACUAUUUCACUUCGGACGGAGUAUCCAGAGUAUAAAAGAUUUGGGAUUGAAAAUCUACGACAUCACAAGUAACCGUGAGCAACAAAAGGAACCAUGUCUCUCAAGUUCGUCAUCCUCGCCUGCGCUGUGGCCGCAGCCAAUGCCGGAUACCUCGGCGCCCCAGUUGCACAGUACGCUGUGCCCCACGCCUUGACCGCCACCUCCGACAAUAUCCUGCGCAGCCCAGGAAACCUCGCUCAGGUCGCCACCCAGACUAAGACCAUCUCCACCCCCUACUCCAGCAGCAGCAAGUCCGACAUCCGUGUCAGCAACCCCGGUGUC